AUGACCGUCUCAUUGUGCGCGUCCUACCCUCCGAGAGCUGCCUCGAUACGUGUCGUGUCGCCUUGCUCCACAAGCUGCUCCGCCGAAGGUGCGUAUUUAGCCAGCUUUUCCCGGCGCGCUGCUCGGAAGCCCUGUGUCCUAUUUCCAAAUGGGACGCCCACGUCCACGAUGUUAAUGCACAACAAUAUCGGGCCUCAUUAUUGCCGCCGCUUCAUGUGCUCCGGUGACGGUUCUGUUGAUGGUGAUGUUACCCACGCAGCGGGCAGCUCUUACCAGCCUGUCCUGGACGCCGUUGUGCCUCAUCUGUCGCGCCGCCGCAUGCGGCCCGCGGUGGUUGAGCACAUGCGGAAGGAACUCCAGGUCAUCUCCGCAUCUGCAACAGCUUUUGUCUAA